AUGUGGCAGAUGUUGCAGAUGUAUGAAAUAGAUGAUAGUGUUUUAAAAGCUGUAAAGAUUUGUCAUGAGAAAAGUGAGAUUGCAUUCCUGAAAGUUGCUCAACUUGCCUCUUUUUUCCAGGGCAGCAUUGCAUAUGCCAAAUCACUUCAGAAGGCUAACCUGUUAACUGAUGAGGAGAGUCAAAAAAUUACUGAUGGUCUAGAAGUUGUGAAAAGUGAAUGGGCCAGCCAAAGCUUUGUGAUUCAACCAGGUGAUGAAGACAUUCACACAGCCAAUGAACGGAGACUCAAGGAAAUUGUUGGAGAUGUUGGUGGCAAGGUUCACACUGGAAGAAGUCGUAAUGACCAGGUGGCUGUGGACAUGAAGUUAUGGCUUCUUGAACACAUAGUACAGCUUGCCCCUCAUGUUACUAAACUUCUUGAGGUUCUUGUUGAACGAGCUGAUAGAGAGAAGUCUAUAUUGAUGCCGGGUUACACACACCUCCAGCGAGCACAGCCUAUCCGCUGGUCACAUUGGCUGCUAAGCCAUGUGUGGCCCAUAGUGACGGAUUUAAAGCGCCUUCGUAGCCUGUAUUCACGUAUCAACGUUUGCCCUUUGGGUUCUGGAGCCUUGGCUGGAAACCCUUUCAAUAUUGAUAGAGAAAACCUGGCUCAAGAACUUGGAUUUGACGGUGUCACAAAAAACAGUCUUCAUGCAGUCAGUGAUCGUGAUUUUGUUGUGGAAUAUAUGUUUUGGGCCAGUUUGGUAAGUUCACACCUCAGUCGUAUGGCAGAAGAUCUUAUCUUGUUCUCUACAAGCGAGUUUGGCUUUGUAAAACUUUCUGAUGCAUAUGCAACUGGCAGUUCCCUUAUGCCUCAGAAGAAGAAUCCUGAUAGCCUUGAAUUGAUAAGGGGAAAGGCUGGAACUAUGACAGGAAAUUUGUGUGGAUUUUUGAUGGUUCUGAAGGGUUUACCAUCAACAUAUAAUAAGGAUCUGCAGGAAGAUAAAGUGAAGAUGUUUGAGACAGCCUGCACCAUAAUGGGAAUCUUACAAGUUGCUGCUGGCACAGUAGCUACACUCAAGGUAAAUGAAGAUGUUUGUCGCAACGCCUUGUCUGAAGAGAUGCUUGCUACGGAUGUUGCAUAUUACCUUGUCAAGAAAGGGAUGGCCUUCCGCAGUGCACAUGGAAAGGCUGGUGAAGUGGUGAAACUGUCAGAAGAGCUUGGGUGUGCUUUGUCACAACUCACCCUUGAUCAGCUUACCAAAAUUAGGUGUGCUGUAUUAUGAUUCUUGUUCAUUGGAAAUAAGCUCUG